AUGGCUCAAAUUAGACGACUUCCCGCGUCCCUAGCGACAAAGACUACUUUUUUCUCCGCGCUCGCUGUCUUCGGUAUCGGGGCUUACUGCGCUCGAUCUUAUUUUCUUCCCCAGGUUCACGCGGAAUCAGACGAGGCGCCCGUGAUGUUCUCCAAGUUCGGGUUUACGACUCUGCGCGUGCAGAGCGUUAAGGCCGUGAAUCAUAAUACGAAGCGGCUCGUGUUUGAGUUUCCAGAUAAGAAUGCUAGGAGUGGGUUGUCGUUGACUUCGGCACUGCUUACAUUCUCCCGACCAGCUGGACGGUGGUUACCUGUUCUCAGACCGUAUACACCAAUUAGUGAUCUGAACCAACAAGGAACCCUGGAGCUAAUGGUAAAACAAUACCCCAACGGCAAAGCAAGCACUCAUAUCCACUCCCUUGCUCCGGGGGACACCCUCACUUUCCUCACAGCCCUCAAGGGCUUCUCCUGGGUCCCGAACCAAUACCCUCAGAUCUACGCUAUAGCUGGCGGAGCCGGCAUAACGCCCAUUUACCAACUUAUCCGGGGAAUUCUGGAUAACCCGAAUGAUAAGACGAAGAUUAAGCUUGUCUUUGGCGUGAAUAGUGAGCAGGAUUUGUUGCUCAGGGAGGAGCUGGAGGAGUUUAAGAAGCUGUUUCCUGGGCGGUUUGAGUAUGUUUAUACGGUUAGUCGGUUGGAGGGGGAGAAGGAGGGAUUGAGGACGGGGUAUGUGACUGAAGAGCUCUUGAGGGGCGUUGUUGAUGGGAAGGGGGAGGGUGCGAAGGUGUUUGUUUGUGGGCCGCCUGCUAUGGAGGAGUCGUUGGUUGGGAAGAGGGGGAUUUUGGAUAGGUUGGGGUUUGAGAAAGGGCAGGUUUAUAGGUUUUAG